CCCCCUUCACGAUUUCACGAUUCACGACUGACGAGCGACUCGAAUGCCAGUCACUGACACUGCUACCAGUACUGCUGCUGCUACCACUACCACACCAAGACCCUUAGAUGUCCUGAGUGCGACCUCUCAUUUGAUCCCCAUGAACAUGCCGAAACCCGGGAGUGCUGAAGCUACCAGUAGCCGUCUCUCUCCUCCUCAGACUUCCUGGACCUAUAGCGGUGACGUCGACUUGAAUGCUGGGGCUGUAGACGGAGGUGUUGUUUCAGUCGAUGUCAAGAGUGAACCUAGUAGUGGCCAGAGCCGUGCUCUGCCUUGUAAUGAAGAGGUGCAUGAUGUGAAGGUCGAUAUAGAGCACACUGUCGUACAUGAUGACCCGAGAAAGUGGUCUUCAGGGAGGAAGACAAUGACCCUCUUCAUCAUCGCAAGCGCGGCGAUGAUAGCAGGUCUCUCUUCCAACAUUUACAACCCCGCCAUAAACCAGAUCGAAUCACAGCUUCAUGCAUCUAGUGGUCAAGUCAGCCUCAGUCUCGCUAUGUUCAUUAUCAUCCAAGGAGGGAUGCCUCUCGUAUGGAGUAUCGUGAGCGAGAUUAAGGGGAGAAAGAUCGUCUACGUCGUCUCAAUAGCGAUAGCUGUCGUCGGCUGUAUCGUCGCCGCAUUGGCCAAAACCAUCGAUGUUCUCAUAGGCAUGCGUUGCCUUCAAGCUCUAGGAACCUCAGCUGUAAUGUCCAUCGGAGCCGCCACCCUCGCCGACAUCUACGAGCCGGCCCAACGCGGCACAAUGAUGGGUAUCUACUACGCCGCGCCCCUUCUCGGCCCUGCCCUCGGUCCCAUAAUCGGCGGUCUCCUCACACAAUUCCUCUCCUGGCGCGCAACCUUCUGGUUCCUCGUCAUCUUCAUGUCAUGCAUCUUGGUCGGGUUUGUCGUCGCGUUCAAGGAUACGUUCAGGAGGGAGAGGAGUGUGACGUAUCAGAGUGUGUUGAGGAGGGUUAUGAGGGAGAGGGAGAGAGAGGCGAGAGAGGCGAGGCAAAAGGCGAGCAAGAGGAGUAGUAUGACGGUUGUUGCUGGAGAGAGGGAGAAGGUGGAAGAGGGUGCGAUUGACGGCAAAUUCGGAGGACAGAAGCCAGUUGAGGGACAACUGAACAUGCAGACCAUGCCCGACCUGGACCUCGAAAAAGCCGAUAAUUUUUCCACAGCACCUACCACCACUGAUGCUAAUCUGGGCGGUGCUGAAAAACCAGCGAUUGGAGAGAUCAAGCUCUCAAUCAAGGACGUCAAUCCUCUUCCCCCCCUCUGGUUCACACUUCGUCGUAUCAAUAAUCUCGCUAUUCUCUUUUCCUCCGGUCUGAUUUUCGGGUUCAGUUAUUGCAUCGCAUACACCUGUGCAAUUACUCUCGAAGAUCAAUACGGAUAUGACGCUCUAAAAACUGGCCUCGUCCUCCUCUCGUUCGGAUGUGGUAGUAUAGCUGGCUCCGUCCUUGGCGGUCGCUGGUCUGACCGCGUCCUCCGAAAGCUCAAGGCCGAACGCGGAGGUCAGAUCCCCCCUGAGAUCCGACUCGAAAGCACAAAACCAGCGAUGCUCUUCCUCCCACUUGUCGUCAUCGCCUAUGGCUGGCUUGCCGAAAACAACAUCCACGUCGCCUCGCUCUGCGUCAUGCUUUUCUUCGCAGGGUUCUUCUCCAUCUGGAUGUACUCGAGCACACUCUCGUACAUCGUCGACGCUAACGUCGGUCGCUCUGCCUCUGCAGUCGCCACGAACAGCACAUUCCGUGGUGCAUUCGCGUUCUUAUUCUCUGAGGUUGCAGUUCCGCUCAGGAACUCAAUCGGCGAUGGUGGCCUCUACUCCCUCUGGACAGGCCUGCUCAUCCUCUGCGAGCUCCUCAUCCUGCUCGUGCUCUAUAAAGGCGGCUCGUGGCGCGAACGAGCUAUCGCGAGGGAGGAGAGGACGGCUGCCAGGCCAUAGAUUUGAAAAGGGCGCGAUUAUGAGGCGCCGCGGUCAGGGGUAGGAGAUAUUUACUAGUUGUGCUGUGUAUUUACUGAGAUAGACCGAGGCGCACACCCCCGCCUCGCUACAUACUUAUUCGCUGUUCUGCUCUUAGACGGCAGAGGCCCUUUCGUUUUUCUCUUUCCGUUCAUGGGAUGGAAUUGUGCUGUAUCUAUCGGGAGGUGGAACCCUUAUUUGUAUCGGUACUUAUAUGAUUGCAUCUUCCGUUCUUCAU